GGCGGCCAGGUGUGUGCCUGAGCGGGGAGGGGGGACGGCGGCUGAAAUAAAAGGUACGAGGACAAAAGGAAAAAUAUCCACAUAUUGUCUGGGUUUUCGAGGAGUAGCACGAAGCUCCUGCCCCUGCCCCUGCCCUGUGGCGGCAUCAUCAUCAAUUGGAAAUAAUCAAAUUUUCAUUCUGCCCUGCCCUGCCCUGUCCUCCUCCCUUAUCACUGGGGCCGCAGCCACUCGUCUAUUUUGGAGGGUGAAAGGACACUUUCCCAUGUUGCGACUCCUCUACACGUGUUGCGCUCUGAAAUCCUCAAGGAACCCUGCACCACAAGGAAAAUAACCCAACGCUUCCGACCAUUCCAAGGAAGAAAGAAAGAGUAAGACCGAGGUAAGAAAAUGGAGGGACCAGGCUACUAAAACCUGCAUAUUUAUUCAACGCCAAUGCCUAGGAUUCUUUCGCUGCUUUGAAUUUGAGAGGGAAUUAGUUACAGGAGGCCUGUUUAAUUAUGGGGAGGCAACCUUGCUGUGAUAAAGUAGGGGUUAAGAAAGGGCCUUGGACUGCAGAGGAAGAUAGGAAGCUCGUUGAUUUUCUUGCCAACAAUGGCCAUUGCUGCUGGCGUACUGUUCCUAAGCUUGCUGGUCUGUCGAGAUGUGGUAAGAGCUGUAGGCUGAGAUGGACAAAUUACCUGCGGCCUGAUCUUAAACGAGGAGUAUUAUCAGACAUGGAAGAGAAACUCAUCAUUGAGCUCCAUUCUCACCUUGGAAAUAGGUGGGCCAAGAUUGCAGCGCAUUUGCCUGGGCGCACUGAUAACGAAAUAAAGAAUUACUGGAACACCCACAUCAAGAAAAAACUGAGGCGCAUGGGAAUCGACCCUGUGACCCAUCAACCCCUUGCAGAUGCCCAGUUGGCCGGAGAGGCAGUGAAGGCUGAAAUUCCUGACGUUUCGAGUGGAGAAACCAAGGAAGUGACAGAGAGCAAUGUGCAAUGUUUGGCUGUAAAAUUAGAGGCAAUGUCGACAUCGGGUUCGACAACGAAUCAUUCAGAGAUGUUCGAGGACGACAAGGGCAGUGUCGAAACGUCCGAUUACAAAAUUCCUCCCAGGUUUGGGUUUGAUGCUGUUUCCAUUUUUAAUGGAGGUACGGGUUCGAACCCCGGGGCUUCCUUUGCUCGAGAAAUGACAAGCUCCUGGGAAUGCAACGGCACAAUGCUGCCGGAGAAAGAGCAUGGUGCGCCAUUGAUGUUGCAGGGUGACGAAGGGUUGUGGGAGCUCGGCGAUUUUAUAGGUUCGAAUCUCAGUCUCGAAGCUGCUUCUGUUGAGGGUUUGGUGCCAUCUUCCUGCAAUGCUUCGGCCGCCUUGGAAACCCCAGAGCUGAAGUGGGAAAAUAGCCAUCAAGUGGCUGUGCCUCAUCAUAUGGAUAUGCUGAUCGCCGGUUCGAUUCUCACUCCUUACGAGGCCAAUCCACAGCUAUGGGCGCAAGGCAUAUAUCCCUUUUCGCCAUGGGAGGGAGUCAAUGCUAUGAACUCAUCCAGCCAGCCUUUGGAGUAGAGGCCACGGUGGAGAAGAAAAUUUAGGGAAGAAAAUGGCGCUGAUAAUAAUUUACUAGUUGCAAGUUUUAUUUUUAGCUGCGGGACUUUUCAUUGGUGAUCUGCGUUACAUUAUUAAAUGUCUUGGUUUGUUGCACAGGAAAAUUCGAUACCGUUAUUAUUGUAGUUGUAUUAUAGCGAGACCAUCCAGACCUACUUCGGGUUCUCAAAACAGAUAGAAUAUCUUAGUAGAGAAAAUUAGUCAAAUACUUUGAUUGGAUGAAUUUAUUGUAAGUUUCAUAUUGCUCUGAAAUAGAUGAAUUUAAUGGAAGUUUCAUUUUGCUCUGAAA